UUUUUUUUUUUUCCUCCCACAGCUUUAGCAGCUUUUACAAUUUUUCUUUUUUUGUUUUGUUUUGUUCCGGGAAGGGCUGUGCUGCGCGGGGCGUGGGCACGGCGCUCAGCGCCCUGCCGGGUGGCGACCGACCCCCCCCCCGGCGCGGUGCUGCCCCGGAGGGAGCCGCGGAGGGGGGGUAACGUCGGCCGGGCGCCCGGGGGCUUCGGGGCGAGACGUGGCACGCGGCAGGGACGUGUCCCGGGGUGGCGGUGGGGGACCGGGAAGCGCGGCCAGGAUGGGCCCCUGGCUCUCAGCAGCCCUUCGCUCUCACACUCUUGCGCCGCUCUUGUGCUCGGCUCUUAUUUUUAUCCUGCCCUUUUCCAAAAAAAAAAAAAAAAAAAGCCCCGCCCCAAACCCCCCUAAACCCGGGGGAAAUUCCCACGCCUGCGGCGAGGCACCGGGGUGCCCAGCUGCAGCUUUUCCCUCUUCUCGCAAAAGCCCCGGCACUGGCCUGCCUGCGGCACUCUGGCUUGGCACCCGUGGCGUUUUUCCAUGGAAAAAAGCCUGCGGCUCUGGAACAACUCGUGACCCAGCUGGGGAAAAAUUUCCCGCUGCUGCGGGUCGCUCCGGGUCGGAGAUGUCUGCUUUAAUCCUGGCCACGCUUCCCGUUCCUAGGGGGUCUCCUAGAAAUGGCCAAGGGGAACACCGUCGUUCCCGAGGAGCUCUGCCCUGGCUCAUACUGCGGCCCCCGGCUGCUCCCGCGGCCCCGGCGCCGGGCACGGCCGGGGGAAACCUGUAGCUGGCCGGUUUCUCUCCGUUCUGUUUUUCCGCGCCGGGGUUUGCGCCGGUCCUGCAAGGUCUCCGAGCGGCGGCUACGGGACCGGCGGUCUCCCCUUGGCCCUGCUGCAGCAACCGCUGUUCUGAGAGGCGAAGGGGCGCCCGGCUCCAGCGGCGUUUUGGGGAUAACUCCCGUUUAAAAGAGGCUGGGCGAACCGCAGGGAAAAGACGCCGCUGCCGCGCUCUCGCAGCGGGCGCUCCGGAGGGGAGCCGCUGCUGGAGCAGAAAGCGGAAGGAAGCCGGUGACUUGGCCGCUCUCAGGUCCCCCCCGGCACUGCCUCGGGCAACGUGGGCUACUUGCAGGCCGAGUAGCUAGUUCUUCCCUGACUUUGCAGUUGCAAUGCUGUUUUUUCCCCUUAAAAAGUGCUUCCUGCCAAGCUGGCAGGCAGGAGAGGCUCCAAAAAGAGGAAACUGUGAGCAGGUUAUGCUCGAUUGCGUAAACAGCUUAAAAACAGGAGUGUUUUUCUCCCUCUGCUUAUGCUCCCCCCUCACCCCCUGGUUUAGUGCCUUUCAGAUUGGGCUUGCGUGGGCAGAGGAGUUUCUCCGCUCGGGAAGGCCGGGGUGGGUGGCGGGUCGGGGUGCAGCCGGGCCGGGCGCACGGGCCGGCGGUGGCAGCGGCUGCGCUGGGCGCCCGCCUGGCGUGAAGCCGCACGGGGAUGCGGCUCCUCUCCCCGUGUCAUGGUGCAAGGGACCCGCUGCGGCAGAGCCGUGGGCGCGUUUCUGGUGGGAAUGGUGCUGCGGCUGCCGCCGUCCCUGCUCCGCGCGGGACGUCUCGCGGGACGUCUCGCGGGCUCCCCUCGCGGGCCACCCGGAGGCUCUUCUCCGGCCACUGGCCUCGCCGCGAGCGCUGGGAAAGGCCUGGUGGGCGCCUGGGGCGUGUGAGCGGGGUGCUGCCAGGUUCCCGCGGGGCGCGGGAGUGAGGCACCAGUGGGUUCCCGCAGGGCACGGGAGCGGGGUGCCGCCGAGUUCCCGCGGGGCGCGGGAGUGGGGUGCCACCGGGUUCCCGUGGGGGCACGGGAGCAGGGUGCUGCCGGGUUCCCGCGGGGGCGUGGAAGCGGGGCGCAGCCGGAUUCCCGUGGGGCAUGGGAGCAGGGCGCCACCAGGUUCCUGUGGGGGCACGGGAGUGGGGCGCUGCUGGGUUCCCGCAGGGCGCGGGAGCGGGGCACCGCCGGAUCCCUGCGGGUGCCUCACGGGCCCCGCUGCGCCCCGCAGGGCCGCGGCCGCCCGCCGGGGCAGCAUGGCGAGCCAGGCGCCGGCCCGCAACGGCACCGAGGUGCAGAUGAGCCAGCUGGUGCUGCCCUGCCACACGAACCACCGCGGCGAGCUCAGCGUCGGCCAGCUGCUCAAGUGGAUCGACACGGCCGCCUGCCUCUCGGCCGAGAGGCACGCCGGCUGCCCCUGCGUCACGGCCUCCAUGGACGACAUCUACUUCGAGCACACCAUCAGCCCGAGGUGUAAAAGCGCUCCUGGGCGGCCGCAGGGGCAGAGCGGUGUCUGCGUUGGGCACGUGGUUAACAUCAAAGCCAAAGUGAACCGAGCCUUCAACUCCAGCAUGGAGGUGGGCAUCCAGGUCAGCCACGAGGACCUCUGCAGCGGGCGGCAGUGGAGCGUGUGCAAGGCGUACGCCACCUUCGUGGCGCAGGGCCGCGCCGGCGGCAAGGUCAAGCUGGAGCCGCUGACGCCGCGGACGGAGGAGGAGCAGAUCGAGCACGGCAUCGCCGCCGAGCGCCGCCGCCUGCGCCUGGCGCACGAGGACACCCUCAAGGAGCUGCUCAGCCGCAGCCCCCGCGAAGCCGAGCCGGAGACCCGGGACGGCAGCGUGGCGGUGCCGGCGGAGAAGACCCGGGUGGAGAGCGUGGAGCUGGUGCUGCCUCCACAUGCCAACCACCAGGGCAACACCUUCGGGGGGCAGAUCAUGGCCUGGAUGGAGAACGUGGCCACCAUCGCCGCCAGCCGGCUGUGCCAUGCCCACCCCACGCUGACCACCAUCGAGAUGUUCCAAUUCCGCGGACCCUCCAAGGUCGGCGACCGCCUGGUGCUGAAGGCCAUCGUCAACAACGCCUUCAAGAACAGCAUGGAGGUGGGGGUCUGCGCCGAGGCGUACGGCCAGGAGAUGGCCACGAGCCGCCGGCACAUCAACAGCGCCUUCAUGACCUUCGUGGUGCUGGACGAGGAGGGCCGGCCCCGCACGCUGCCCAUGCUGGCGCCCGAGCCGGAGGACGGCGAGCGGAGGUACAGGGAAGCCAGCGCCCGGAAGAAGAUUCGGCUGGACAGGAAAUACAUCGUGUCCUGCCGGCAGACCGAGGUGCCGCUCUCCGUGCCCUGGGACCAGAGCAACCAGGUGUAUCUCAGCUACAACAACGUCUCCGCGCUGAAGACCCUGGUGGCGAAAGCAAACUGGGUCCUUGCCCAGGAAAAGGGGAAGGUGAGGAUGUACACGCUGGAGGAGGACCAGUUCCUCUCCUUCCGCAUGGAGAUGACGGCGCGCGUCGCCGCCGCCCAGGCCUUCCCCCUGCUCUCCGACCUGCGGCGGCGGCACGAGUGGGACAGCCACUACGCGAGCGCCGAGCUGGUGCGGCGGGUGGACGAGGACGACGCCAUCUACCGCGUGGUGAGCCGGGCGCUGAGCCGCGAGGAGAAGCCGCAGGACUUCGUCGUCCUGGCGUCCCGGCGGAAACCCUGCGACAAGGGGGACCCCUACGUGGUGGCCUUCCGCUCGGUGACGCUGCCCACCCACCCCCCGAGCCCCGGCUUCACCCGGGGCGAGACGCUCUGCUCGGGCUUCUGCAUUUGGCCGGAGACGGAGGAGACGAGCAAGGUGGCCUACUACAACCAGGCCACGCCGGGCUACCUCAACUACGUGACGACCAACGUCGCCGGCCUCUCCUCCAACUUCCACGCCACCUUCGUGGCCUGCGAGACCUUCCUGCUGAAGAACAAGGACGAGCUCAUCCUGCAGCUCCGCGGUCUCUAGGGGCCCCGCGCGCCGCCGGGGCCGAGCGCUCGCCCUGGCAGGAGCAGCGGCGGCCGCGGCAGCCCGAGGGAUAUUCCCUCCCCCCCCCUUUUUUUAAACCAUUUCCUUGCGGGCUUCCGCUGCCCGCUAGGGUGGGGAGGGGGGCUGCGAUUUGGGGCGGGAGGGGACGCCCGCACCCUUGCCCCGCUCGCCGGCUUUCCCGUGCCGGGGCCGAGGGAGGGGAAGCUGGCCCCACGGACAACGGACGGGUCUCGCUGAAGGAGCUCGUUGCAGGGGCAUCUCAAGGGGUCUUCUCGGCUAGCUGGGGGCAAGGGGAGCUGUGGGGACAGAGGCCGCAGCGGCAGGCGCAACGAGUGACAAUAAAAGCGCAUUAAAAGCAAAAAUAUAUAUAUAU